AGGAGAAAAACCACAAGAGGAAGAGCUGUAUUCACAUGGGAUGCUGUUUUAGCUGAUGGGUCCCACCUCUCUCUCUUAAUUCAACCGACAAUUAUUAGCUUUGAAUCAUAAAGUUAAAAGUGCAGACUGAAGAAAAUAAUUCUUCUUUCUUCUUCUUCCUCAUUUCAUUCUUUCCCUUUUUUGUUCUUCCUUUUUUUUUUUUUUUCCAUUUGGAGCUAGAAAAAUAUGGCUGAUGAUAAGGAGAUGUCUGCUCCUGUUAUGGAUGUGAAUGGUGCAGUCACUGGUCAUAUAAUUUCCACUACUAUUGGAGGGAAGAAUGGCGAGCCAAAGCAGACAGUCAGUUACAUGGCUGAACGUGUCGUGGGGACUGGAUCAUUUGGAGUUGUUUUUCAGGCAAAAUGCCUGGAAAACGGGGAGACGGUGGCGAUAAAGAAGGUUUUACAAGAUCGUAGAUACAAGAAUCGUGAACUGCAGUUAAUGCGCACUAUGGAUCACUCGAAUGUUGUUUGUUUAAAGCAUUGCUUCUAUUCAACUACUAGUAAAAACGAGCUUUUUCUCAAUUUAGUCAUGGAAUAUGUUCCAGAAACCAUGUACCGCAUGUUGAAACAUUACAGCAAUGCGAACCAAAGAAUGCCACUCAUCUAUGUUAAGCUCUACACGUAUCAAGUAUUUAGGGGGCUGGCAUACAUGCACACAGUGGCUGGCGUUUGCCACAGAGAUUUGAAACCUCAAAAUAUUUUGGUAGACCCUGUUACUCACCAAGUGAAAAUUUGUGACUUUGGAAGUGCAAAAGUACUGGUUAAAGGUGAAGCAAACAUCUCAUACAUCUGUUCGAGGUUUUAUCGGGCUCCUGAACUCAUAUUCGGCGCAACAGAGUAUACUACCUCUAUUGAUAUCUGGUCAGCUGGCUGUGUCCUUGCCGAGCUUCUCCUCGGCCAGCCAUUAUUUCCUGGAGAAAACGCUGUCGAUCAGCUUGUUGAGAUAAUCAAGGUACUUGGAACACCAACAAGGGAGGAAAUUCGCUGUAUGAAUCCAAAUUACACUGAUUUUAGGUUUCCACAAAUCAAAGCACACCCUUGGCAUAAGGUAUUCCACAAAAGGAUGCCGCCUGAAGCAAUUGACCUUGCUUCACGGCUAUUGCAAUACUCACCAAGUCUUCGAUGCACUGCACUUGAAGCAUGUGCGCACCCUUUUUUUGAUGAGCUUCGGGAACCCAAUGCACGCCUUCCUAAUGGCCGGCCAUUGCCGCCUCUUUUCAAUUUUAAGCAGGAGUUGUCUGGUGCCUCUUCAGAUCUCAUUAAUAGGUUGAUACCAGAACAUAUAAAAAGGCAAAUGGGCAUGCAAUUUUUCUCGUCCAACAACGAUAUGGACAUGACGUGAAGUAUACGAUUAGUAAAUUAUGCUACUUGAGGAUCAAUGAAUGAAGCGAUCCGAGUUGCAUCCUUUCCAACCGAAUCCACCUUGGCAAGCUGCAUCUCCUAGUCGACGAGGACAAAAGGCUGCUGUGUAUUUUAGUUCUUGGUAUUUUCUUUAUCGUUCUAAUCUUCGAAGUCUUUCUCCCUCCUCUUAUAGCAGCCAACUAGCGAAAGGAAAGUUCUUUUUGUACAUGUUUGGUAGUAGUAAAUCGCGUAAGCUCUCAGGAGAUGACAAAUGAAAUGUAUGAACAUGUUGUGAAUGGCACCAAAAGAGAAUAGCAAAGGUAUUAAGGGGCUGUUUUCUUGUGAAUUUGCUCUGUGUAUUGUUUGUAUUUAGUUUCUGUUAUUUGGAGCUGACAUUUGUGGGUCAAGAAAAGAGUUACAAGCAAAUGAUGGUUACUGUAUGUUCUUAUUUAUUGAAUAUCUAUUUUGUUGCCUCUCUUAUUUCC